GAGAAGGGAGGGGAGGAAGGAAGAAGGAAUCCCGCCUCCCGCCGCCCCGUUUCCGAGCCGCGUCGCUCCGCAGCCCGGAGCGGCGGGACCGCGGCAGCGGCGGAUGUGCCGCCCCCCGCGGGCAGCCCCGGGGGAGGAGACGCGGGAGCUCGGGCAGCGUUCCGCGGCCGCCGGAACAUCUUCAGACACUGGUUUGCAGAAGAUUCUGGAACACAGAGGAGGAGCUAAAAGUCUUCAAGACUAUUUCUUGUCUUCUCUAAACUCUGAAAACAAUCUUUUCACCUUCUGGAUGUCCAAGCCUUUCACGUUAAGCUUUACAUUUGCUGCCUGAAAACCAAUUACCCUCUCGAUCUGCUGUUGUUUAAAGGGGCUGGCGAGUUGAACUCACUCACUGACCAGCAUGGCGAAGGUUAGAGUUGCUUUAACUGUUUGCCAGUUGGUGCUAGAAUUGCUAAUGAAUUCAUUAACUGAGUCUUCCAUGCAGAGUAACGAAUGUCCACAGCUUUGUGUAUGUGAAAUCAGGCCAUGGUUUACACCACAGUCGACGUACAGGGAAGCCACAACAGUUGACUGCAAUGACCUUCGGUUAACAAAAAUCCCCAGCAAUCUUUCCAGUGACACUCAAGUCCUUCUGUUACAAAGCAACAACAUUGCAAAGACCACAGAUGAACUCCAGCAGCUGUUUAAUUUAACAGAACUGGAUUUUUCACAAAAUAACUUCACAAGUAUCAGAGAUGUGGGGCUCUCAAAUCUCAGUCAACUUACUACUUUGCACCUGGAGGAAAACCAGAUAACGGAGAUGACUGACUACUGCUUGCAAGACCUUUGCAAUCUUCAAGAGCUAUAUAUAAAUCACAACCAGAUCAGCAGCAUUUCUGCAAAUGCAUUCUCUGGCCUGAAGAACCUUUUGAGAUUACAUCUCAACUCCAACAAAUUAAAGGUUAUUGACAGCCGUUGGUUUGAUUCUACUCCUAACCUUGAGAUUCUCAUGAUUGGAGAAAAUCCAGUGAUUGGAAUACUAGAUAUGAAUUUCAAACCACUCUCAAAUUUAAGGAGUUUAGUUUUGGCAGGUAUGUAUCUCACAGACAUUCCUGGCAAUGCCUUAGUAGGCUUGGAUAGUCUUGAAAGUCUUUCCUUCUAUGACAACAAAUUGGUAAAAGUUCCUCAGCUUGCACUUGAGAAAGUCCCAAAUUUAAAAUUCCUGGAUCUCAACAAAAAUCCGAUUCAUAAAAUUCAGGAAGGUGAUUUUAAAAACAUGCUCAGAUUGAAAGAGCUUGGAAUCAAUAACAUGGGAGAACUCGUUUCUGUUGAUAGGUACGCACUUGACAACUUGCCUGAACUUACAAAGCUUGAAGCCACCAACAAUCCAAAGCUGUCUUACAUACAUCGUUUGGCAUUUCGCAAUGUUCCUGCCCUGGAGAGCUUGAUGCUGAACAACAAUGCCUUGAAUGCAGUCUACCAAAAGACAGUGGAAUCCCUUCCAAACUUGCGUGAGAUCAGUAUCCACAGUAACCCGCUCAGGUGUGACUGUGUCAUUCACUGGAUCAACUCGAACAAAACCAAUAUCCGUUUCAUGGAACCUCUGUCCAUGUUUUGCGCUAUGCCCCCAGAAUACAGAGGGCAGCAGGUGAAGGAAGUGUUAAUACAGGAUUCAAAUGAACAAUGUCUUCCAAUGAUCUCUCAUGAGACCUUUCCAAAUCACUUAAACUUGGACAUUGGCAUGACAGUGUUUUUAGACUGUCGGGCCAUGGCGGAACCUGAGCCAGAAAUUUACUGGGUCACUCCUCUCGGCAAUAAAGUAACUGUCGAAAGUCUGUCUGACAAAUACAAGCUGAGCAGUGAGGGCACCUUGGAAAUCUCUAAUGUCCAGGUUGAAGACUCCGGGAGAUACACCUGCGUUGCUCAAAACGUAGAAGGGGCUGACACAAGGGUCGCUACUAUCCGGGUGAACGGAACGCUUCUGGAUGGUACCCAGGUUCUGAAAAUCUUCGUCAAGCAAGCGGAAUCACAUUCCAUCUUAGUUUCUUGGAAAGUUAAUUCCAAUGUUAUGACUUCCAAUUUAAAGUGGUCAUCAGCCACUAUGAAGAUCGACAACCCUCACAUCACAUACACUGCUAGGGUCCCAGUUGAUGUACAUGAAUAUAACCUCACACAUUUACAACCAUCUACAGAUUAUGAAGUGUGUCUAACUGUGUCAAACAUCCAUCAGCAAACACAGAAGUCCUGUGUUAAUGUUACAACAAAAAACGCAGCUUUUGCGCUAGAUAUUUCAGACCAAGAGACCAGCACUGCCCUCGCAGCAGUAAUGGGGUCCAUGUUUGCUGUCAUCAGCCUCGCCUCCAUUUCUGUUUAUAUUGCAAAACGAUUUAAGAGAAAAAACUACCACCACUCAUUGAAAAAAUAUAUGCAAAAGACCUCUUCAAUCCCCCUGAACGAGCUCUACCCUCCACUUAUUAAUCUCUGGGAAGGUGACAGUGAAAAAGACAAGGAUGGUUCUGCAGAGACCAAGCCAACCCAAGUCGACACAUCCAGAAGCUAUUACAUGUGGUAACUCAGAGGAUAUUUUGCUUCUGGUAGUAAGGAGCACAAAGACUUUUUUGCUUUAUUCUGCAAAAAUGAGAAGUUGAAGACUUUUGUAUUUUUGACUUUGCUAGUUCGUGGCAGAGCAGUGAGGACAGGUGGAUAUUUCAGGAUUUUUUAGUAUAGCGUAUCGCAAUUGUCUGACACAAAUGGCAGCUUCACCUGGCUUCCAAUCCUGGUUUCCUUUCUUUUUCCUCCUGUUUUUUUUUUUAGUUAUUGUGCUAAACUUAAUGCUGGUCUAACUACAGUGCUGAAUACGAUUAAUGAGAGGCUGGGGUUACCCUGUGAUCCAAAAGUAGCACAACCCCAUUCCUCCGAAGCCAUCAGUAGAUUACAGUAUCUUGCAGUGCUAACAUACAGUUUGGAAACUGCAUUGAACAAGGUUUGUAACACUGGUCUAAGGACUCAUACACUGAGAAAAUGAGACCUUGAAUGAUGUUAGUUGACUGUACUGUAAUGUUGUAUCAACUGAUUUGAAUGUUUUUGACUUUGAACAAUGGGUUUUCUUUUUUUAUUCUUAUUUUUGUAGUAGUUGAGAAAAGCUUAGGUCAAGCUAACAGGCAAUAGGAAUAUGUACAUCCAAUUUUUUAAUGUAACAGACUAAAUGUUAAUUGUUCUCUUAUUCUUUUUAUUCUAUUUAGUAGACACUUUUGAAGAAUACUAGAGUUUUGUUGUGUUUAAAUCACCAACACAUGGUGUUGAAUGAAGGCAGAGCUAUAAUAAAUUUAGUUUUGUUCUGUUUUUUUAUUUUAGAAGUCACAACAAUGUACUGGGUUUAGCUGUCACUGGUCUGACUGGUGAUCAUGUUCUGACAUCAAAUAUAUCCAAAAUGUUAUAUAAAAAUAUUGUGGGUUUUUUUUCUUGAUGGAAUUACAUUUCAACAAAGUUCCAGUUGGUUUUUGUAUGCAUUUAUUUUAAUGCCAGUGUUUUCUCUACACUAAAUGCAAAAUGCUGAAAACAGUUUAAUCAGACAUAUGUAUCUGUAUCUAUCACAUGCAGAAUCAAAACUGUUUGGCAUAAGAUAAACAUCAAAAAUAAUUCCAGAAGUGUGUAACAAAACAUCUUCCUUUUUGUACACUUUUGUGUUUAUAUUCUGAGCUAAGAUAAAAAUGAAGCUGACGUUACCUGUCAUUACAAUCAGUGAGGACAAGGGAAACAACUCAGUGCUACCAAACUGAAAUCAAACAGUUGAAUCCUGGAAUAUACUUUAAAAAAGAAAAAGUGAAUUGGAUUAAUAUUCCUUCAAAAGUAGAACUCAAGAUGGUUAAAACUAACAAAAAGUACUAUGUUUGGCUCCACUACUGAACUGUAUUUUUUUAUAGGCUUAAAAUUAACCAGUACUCUAGAUAUUUUAUGGAAUUAAUAUGGUCCGACUGCAGAACUCAGAAAGUGGUGGUGUUUCUAUGUGUGCACUGGGUAUAAUAUAAAGGCAUAAUUUACAGCUGAACCUACAGAAGCUUUGUACGUUGUCUUUUCUGAACCCAUGAAGUUCUCCAGAGACUGCACACGAGUCACAGGCAGGGUGGGUUUCUCCUGAGUUACACUUACGCCAAAUACUAAUCACCAAGCACAGAUUUUUCUAUGCUCUAUGACCACUUUUUAAAUGUUUUUACAUCCCAAAUACCUUCUUGGUAAGUAAAAGUUAAUUGUUAAAGUAGUGGAUGUGCUUUGGGAUUGUUUGAAGUUUUUAUCUCACUGGCUUCUCAAAUAUAUCAAAGAUUCCCCCCCCCCCCGCCCCAACUUCUGAAGAGAGCUUCAGACUUCUUUUUCCCCUUCAGAUAACUGUCUAAAAGUGAAAGAGUUAUCAGCAUAGUUUCACUAAAAAGCUGCUUUGGUGCAAAAACUUCAGUACAUCUCUUGGAUACAUGCCUUGUUGAUCUUGCAUUUCAAUAUAAAGCUAAAUGAAACUAUUAAUUAUGCAUUUAAAUCAAGUACUUUAUGCUGCUACACACAAUCUUUUAUAUAUUCAUGAGAUCAAAUACGUUUUUAAUCAUAUGACAAUUAGAUGUUGGGAUUAGGCAAGUGUCUUGAUCAUGGAGAAGUACCGUAGUGGAAGCAUUUAUUUGUCACCUUCUCCUGUAUUUGUUUUUAAUGUUAAUGGGAAAUUUCCUCCUCUUCUCCAGAAGAGCUUCAGAGCAAUAAUUAUAAUCUUGUCUAUAUGCUAUCUCUCCUUAAAACUGCCUUUAUUAUUACAGCAGGCAUGCUGAAUUAAAACUGAGAUCUCCUUUGCAGUGAAGAUUCACUCUACUUUUUCCAGAGUAAAGGACACUGAGAAGGAGAACAAAGCAGCACUCCUGAGUUUGAUCAGCAGUCACCAACAGUAGCUGGGGGGUACGGGAAGGAAAGCAGUGUUUAACAUGUUCCUUUCCACUGGGGAAAUAACAGGCCUUUUGUUCCCUGCAGACCUGUUUGGGGGCUUUAUGUCAUUUGUUAUCUGUUCAGAGCAAUGCUGUUGAAAAACAGCAGGAGGAAAUGGCCUGCCAUGCACUUCUCCAGGAUGUGCUGAUGUACAGUAUUUCAGGGUAGCUGAUGUUGCUGGGACUCCAAGAGAGGGAUGCAGGUUACCUGAACAGCAUCUAGUUAACACAGUGUAUUCUGCUCACACAGCCACCAGUGAGAAGUAUUUUCAGCCCUGUCAUCUGACCCCUGAGAAUACUGUAGAGAUCCCCUGGAAAUUUAAAGUUUUGCUAAUAAAAUCAAAAGAAGUGGGCCAAAGAUGAAUCACAUGUGGCAUAUAAUCUCAGCAAAUAACCUUCAACCUUGGGCUGCCCAUUUUGUGCUUGCAGUUCAUUGUAAGCAAAAAUAAAACUACUCUAAUUGCCUUCAAGAUGUAUUUGCAUCUGCUACUCACUGAAGACAAAACAACAUCCCCAGUUUGCUGAGAAUCAGAGACUGAGAUUGACCACUUUAAAAACAGUAGGGGAAAACCCACUGUUAACUUUCAUUUGACUAACAGUUUAGAAAUGCUGUGUAAGAGUAGAUAUUUCAUACACAACUAAACUGCAGUGUUACUUCCACUUGGUUGCCCAAUAAUAAAAUAUUUCAGUCCCCUGAAGAGUAAAUAGCUCACUCAAAUGUGGUAUGCAGUAUUCCAGCUAAAUUCACUUUUCAUUUCCUCAUCAAAGUCAUAACAUCCUAUUCGAUUGAGAGAGGGUAUUUUCACCCAUGAACCAAGACUCCUAUUAGUUGUGGUCUUGGAAUAAAGUGCACAAAUACACUGAUGCUUUCACAGACCUAUGGUCUGCCCUCCAGCCCUGCCUUCUGAAUACAUGCUCAUUUAGCUACUAAAAGAAGGGUAUGAAAAGGCCAACAGCUUGGACCACUGGUUUCACAAAUGGGUUAAAACUGGAAACAGGUCAGCAAAACUGAGAUCCAGUGAGAAGGGCAUAAACUUGCCCUAUUGUCACUGGCCAGGUGGGAUCUAAGUGAUAAAAAGAGCAUCUUUUUGCCCAAAUUAGGUAACUCCAUUUGCUUUGUGCUGGCAACUUUGAAAAUAAGACUGAGGACAAACCACUGCAAUGAAACUCCUGAAAUUAAGUGGGAUGAGCAGCUGGGACUACUUCUGCAGUACUGCCAAUGCACCCUGUAUGGAAACAGGGUUCACUUGGAGCAUAUCUCCUAAACACCUCACCAUCCUGGAAAGCAUCGUGACGGACACAUGCACAGAGGGCAAAUCAUGGUGGAAAAGCACACAGGCACCUGGGACCAGUGCUGGAAGGAGCCGUUUCACAACUCACCCAACACAUCAGGAGUAGCUGUUUGUUACACUGUGACUCUGUUGCCACCACCGAAGCGAAUGCCAUGAAUUUCUGCUGCAACUGGAAUUUGUCUUCCCAUGCUCACCAUGCUGAGAGCACAACUGCUGCAGCCCCAGCAGCUAUAGAAAGCACAAGGCUGAAGGGCAGGUGAACGUGCUACCAUUGAACUUUGUUCAGGAAAACCCAGAGUGCCUGAGUGGGGGAUAUCAAAUGCUGUUAACACAGAGACCUCCUUGAAAUACCGGCAAAAGAAGAUACUACCUACUGCUGCCAACCCCCCUAGGUAACAUUUCUUUGCAGUGUCAUACAGAAGGGAAUAUUUUCUGUUUUCCCUGAACCAUCCACCUUUUAGUCUUCUCCUUUUCUGCUCGUUCCCACUAUUGCAGUAUCUUACAGUUGAAAGCUUGUAUCCACCCUCUCUCCUGUACAUCUGCUCUUCAGUCAGCCUUCCCCUGGUCUCACCCUGCCUCAUACCCUUCUCCUGUUCAAGGGCAAAUCCUUUGCAGCCUUGGUCAUCGUGAGAUCUCAAGAGGUUACACUGAAGGCCUUAAUUUGUAUUUAACUUCACAGCUACCUGUUUUCUCUACCAACCUUUUCCCCUUCACCUGAUUCUUACCCUGUUUUUCUUUCAGCCGUUUCCCUUUGGAGACCUCAGAUGCUGUUGGCUGUCAGUAAGAGUCAGAUCAGGGAUGCGAUUCAGCAGGCAGCGGGUCCCUGCUGCCUCCCCAAUCACUGCUGUGGCACAGUGCUUCCACUUAGUAAAGCCCCUGAAUGUCUUCCCAUGUCUCUGCUUCAGUUAUCUAUCCGCCUUUAUUCCUGAGCACAUGAUGACCCUGUUUUCUACUUGUAUGAAAACAACAAAAGACUUAAGUUUUCUUUUAAGUAAGGUAAAGAUUUACCCUAUAAUUUGUACUAUUGUAUAUUUAUGUCAAGUAGACCAAAGGAAUGCUGAGUCAUAAUAAAAGCAUCAUAACAACAGGUUUUGAAAUACAUGAAAAUAAAUACUUUGGAAAAUCUGGAA